GGAAUACGGAAGUGACUUUUCAUUCGGCAGAUAGGCACGUCAAAACUAUUGAUUUUACUCAUUCUUAAAUUAUACAGUAGUUCUAGAUAUCUAGACUACAAACUAGAUCUAGAUAUUGAAUCUAGUCUAGCUAGGCAGAAAAAAAAGAGACAAGUUUCGUUGUUUAAAUUGAUCUAUUUAACAAGGAGUUUGAAAUGGAUUUAAAUUCACUUAAUGCCAAGUUUAAAAAGGUUGCAGGGGGAGCUUCUACAGUUUUUAACAGAGCAGUUCAGUUCACAGAGGAGAAACUUGGCACUGCAGAGAAAACAGAAUUAGAUGCUCAUUUUGAAAAUUUGAUGCAGAGAUCAGAUAAAACGAAAUACUGGUCAGAAAUUCUUUUAAAACACACAGAUACCUUACUACAACCCAAUCCUAAUCUUCGUAUGGAAGAUUUACUCUAUGAGAAACUGGAUAAGAAAAAAAAAGAUAGAACUACACAGUAUGAGAUUCUAGGCAAUUCAAUGGUUGAAGCAGGAAAUGACUUUGGUCCUGGAACUUCAUAUGGUAAUGCACUUGUCAAGUGUGGUCAGUCUCAAAUUCAGAUUGGCAAUGCAGAAAGAGACUUUGUUACCAGCACUGUCAACAACUUCCUUCAACCUCUGUCCAACUUUUUGGAAGGAGAUAUGAAAACCAUAUUGAAAGAAAAAAAGAUUUUAGAGACCAAAAGACUUGACCUGGAUGCCUGUAAAAGCCGAGUAAGGAAAGCUAAAUCACAAAGCUCUACACAACAGGAUGGGAAGGCCUGUACCAAGUCUGCUUCAAGCCACCCAUACAUCAUGGCUGAGGAUGAUAUUGCCAAAGCUGAGUCAGAUCUGCGUGUAGCUCAGUCAGAGUUUGACAGACAGGCUGAGAUAACAAAAAUAUUGUUGGAGGGAAUCAACAGUACCCAUGCCCAUCAUCUGAAAUGUCUGAAUGAAUUCAUUGAAGCUCAGAUGACUUUCUUUGCACAAUGCCAACAGUACAUGUCUGACUUACAGAAACAACUGGGAAGUUACCCUGUUGGUGGUGGCCCCUCAAACAACAAUACCUCUUCUUCUAGUAGCAGCCUGCCUGCCCCCUCCAAUACUUAUACACCUCCUUCAAUAGAGGUGACGGCCCCCACACCCACAGAGAAGCGCCAGGCCAAGGCCCUCUAUGACUAUGAUGCUGCUGAUAGUUCGGAAUUGUCGCUUCUAGCAGAUGAGUUGAUUAUGGUGUAUAGAGUUCAAGGCCUAGAUCCAGAUUGGUUGAUGGCAGAACGUGGUUCUCAGCGUGGGAAAGUUCCUGUCACUUACCUGAAGGUGUUAGAAUAAGAGAAUGCUGUCUUCUAGGGGGUUAUGGGAUUUCUAUUGUUUAACUUAGAAUUUGUUGUUGUUGUUGUUGUUUUUUUUUACUUAUGAGAGGCUUAUUUCCUUUACAGGUGUCUGGAAAAUAGGUUGGUGUUAACUGAUAUUUAGAAGUAGAAUGGCAUUUAACUUUGACAACCUGAUGUUAAAGUAUAACUAACAGAACACAAUGACAUAAAUACUUACUAGGAGAAAGACAAGUUUCAGUGUUAGAGGAAUGUUCAAUAUAUAAACAUAUAUAUAUAUAUAUAUAUAUGUUUAUCAAAUUGUAAUGUAAAAUUAGCUCACAAUAGAUAAUUCAUCUAUAUCAAUGAUAAAGCUAGAGUUUGAGUUUUAUUAGACAUAUAACUAAAUACAAGACUGUCAAGGUAUUGAGUUUGUAAGAUUUGAAAAUGUAAUAUUUUAAUUUAACAUCGAGCCACACACCUAAUUAUUUCUGCCUGUACACUAUGAACAAAACCUAUAUGUAGCUGUUACUACACUACACCGAACAUUCAAAACACCAUGGACACUUAGAAAUGAUCUAGACAUAGACUGUACAGUCCAGUCAUGUGUAGGAAGUCAAUUCUUGACCCUGCACUUCUCUUCAACCUGUGCAAUGCUUUGUUUCUUGUUGGUUUGAACCAAGACUAUGUGACUAGUCUAUAGACACAGUUUGUAAACAGAUGUACAGAUUGUAUUUGUGCACACAUUGUUUGUUUGUUUUUUGGAGGAAAGCAACUUUCUAGGACUCUGAGUCACAGAAUGGAAUAAGGAAAUCCCUCAAUUGUUUAAUGUAUAGAACUUCUUAGGAACAACUUUGUCUAGAAUGCAGUUGUUCAAUCUAAAAGUGUAAAUAUUGAAAGAACAAAGCUCUGACAAACACCAUGAGCAAAUACAUUGCCCACAUAUUUAUGUAUUGACUGUCUAGUGAUCAACUACUGUGCUUGAUACAAAGGUUUCUAUUGCCAACCACUAAGAUGUUUAGCAUGUGAUGUGCACCAAGAAAAGACUCGCUAUUUCCUGGCUUAGUUUUAAUUGGUUUAAAGCUAUCAUUGUUUUUUUGCUAGCCAUUCAAGUAUUCACAAAUAUGAGUUCAUAUUUCCAGCUGAUUAAUUCUUUAAGUAAAAUUUUUAAAUGUUCUUAUUGUUUCUACUAUUAUUUUAUGCUUUUGAUGCUGUUGGGAUUAUUGUACUAUUGAACAUGUAUUUAUUUUAAUUGAACAUUGUCAUGUAGUGGUUGAAUUCAUUCUUGAAACUAUCUAUCUAUGUAUAUGUUAAACCAUUUAGCCUUGUUUUCACUCAGUAUGCAUUUGACUUUCCCAUGGAAACAGUUUGUUGUAUUGCUAGGAACUAUAUCCCUACCAGUGCCUCAAGGGAGGUAACUUGGAAUGUUUUAUACUGUUAAAUGUGGGUGCUACAAGGGAUGUAACUUUAGAAAGUUGUAUUGUGUUCUUAUCAAUUAUCCAAUUGUUGCACCCAAUUGUUUUUGCUGCAUUUUUAUUCCUGGAUUGAUAAUAUUGAACUUUCAAACUUUAAAAUUAUGUAGGUUUUUUUUAUUUCAACAUUGUUGUGUGAAAUUUAAUUCUUUUCUUCAGUCUUUUUUUUUUGUUUUACAAUAAUCAAUAAUUCCAUAUGUUAAAAUGAUUAAAAUACAGCAUAUAUUUGUAUCUAUAUGUUUAGCUAUUAUUCAGCUAGGUAAAACCAUUUCAUGAAAGUAUAUAUAAAUUAUGAAAAUACAAAUGACCAUAAAUUAUAUAGAUAGUUCAUACCUAUGAAUUCAAAAUGAAUUCAGUCUUUGGUCCAUUACAUAUUACAGAGAAGGCAUUUGGGAAGCCAAAACUAGUGCAUAUUUUACUUUUUUUUAACCCCCCCCCCUCCCUUCCCCAUUUGUUUGUUCCAUUGAACCAACAACUUUGCUAUCUUGUGUUUCUUGAUCAUUUUAUUUUAUUUUCAAAGAAAAUAGAUUUCUCUCCCAUCUCAUAGUUCUACUAGAGUCACAAUCUAGUGUUUGGAUUGAACUUUGAUUCAUUCUUCCAGCUUGCUUCAUUUCCUGACUUAGAAUUGUGCUUUUCUUUAUGUGUAUACAUUAGACAUGAAUGGACACUCACCCACUGUAGAGAACGUUUAUUCAUUGGACCUAUAAUGUCUUGAAAGUUGAACAUAUUUACUUGAACAUUUUGUUCACCUGUUGUGACACAUUGAAAUGGUUACCAAGGUCCAUGAACUAUGCAUGUUCAAUAAACCAAUGAGGUGAACACUACAGUUCAGCUGCACUUUGAAUGUUUCUGUGACUAACACAUCUAUGCCAUCUUGUUACCCAGCAUAAUGUGGAUCUAGGAUAUUUUUAGUUUUAUGUUGAAGAUUGUGGUUUAGAAUCAAUUCUAUUUCAUUCCAAUACAGUCUGGAGAAUUGAGUGCACUGCACUGACUCUUCUUGGUGCACAGUUUCUUCUCCUUGCUUUCUACUGGAAUUCAACUUGACCUAUUGCUGUGUGUACAAAACAUUGAUUGUACUAUCUUGGACUGGGUUCUGUAUAUGUGUUGUAUAACACAUUCUCUCCCCACUCCAGGGUUUAGUUGAAUGUAAUCAUUCAGUGUGUAGCAUUAUUUUGUCUAUUACACCCUAGUAGCUAGCAUCUAUCACUGCACCCCCACUUUGUUACUUAGGAAGAGAGCAUCCAACACAAUGAAAAUAUUUUUGAUCUUUGUCUGCUCUAUACAACACAAAAGUGAACAUCAGAAUUGACCUUUUGGUUCACGUCACUCUGUUCUUUUGAAUGACUUUCAACAUUUUUUUUUUAAAAGUCACUUUUUAAAAAUUCAUAAUCACUUCUAAAAAUUAAUCAGAUAUUAUUGAACAUAAUGUUCUUAGUGAUAUUAAAGAUGUUCUGGUCUAUUUUACUGAACCUGUGGUCUGACAACAAAAGGUUCAGUCCCCUCCCUCCCUCUCUAGCACAAACUCAACUCUGACUGGUAGCAAGGUCACAUAUUUGUUUAGUCAGAUCUAGUCUCUAUAUAUGUCACAAUCUCAUGUUUGAUGCUCAAAUGUUAUCAUCAUAAGAUCAAGAAGCUUAGGAUUAACAUUUCAUUGCUAAUAAAUAGAACAAGCAAAAACAA